UAAAGCUAUUUGAUGCCUGUUGUCGCUCGCUGGUCCUGGGGCACGGCCCCACUUUGACGUUGUCUUCCUGCAGUUUUCCUGUGACACUGAGGAUCUGAGGGAGUGUGUGGCUCGUCAGCACAAUGCCACCCCGAUCAUGGUGAACGCCUGUUACUUACGGACCCUCAACUAUACCCUCGGGGACACAAUCAGCCCAUGUGGGGGCGACACUCCCUACUGCAGCUUCCCACAGUAUUUUACAUACAGUGUCGUCCUGGCGUUGCUGGCCUGUGGCGUGUUCCUGCAGAUCAGUAGCACCGGCAAACUCGCCCUGAUGUUCCUCAUCGAGCUCCUGUACAUCUUCCUCAUCGAGUGGCCCAACGCCAACCUGUUCGACAACUUUGACCUCAUGGUCACCGCCAACGCGCUAAUGAGCCACAAUAACACAGUCACUUG